CUUUAAAGUUACAAAUAAACUAUAAAGGGAUUGUUUUAACAAUAUUUUCACAACUUUUUAUUGAUAUAUUGAGUUUCUUCUUUAUAGAUGAGUCCAAGGAUCAAUUUUAGAAAGAAUUCAUAUCGACGAUACUAGUAAUGGUGUCUAAGGUAGAGAAAGAAGCUUCUUAGCUUACCAAUCGAAUUCACUCGAUGAGGUCUCGAGUCCAGUUAGAAGAGAAGUAGCCAACAUGUGUUUCCAGUUGAUGCCUAUGUCUUCAUCUUUUGUGUUAUUGCCUUCCAUGAUACUCCUCCUCGUAUAUAUUGAUGACCUUUUUUCAUGAAGGCUGUAAAACGAAUUGACAACGAUGUUGAAAAUGGAAAGUUGGAGAUCAAAGAGAAGUCGAAACGUAACAAUAUGCUUGUCACAGUACAGAACAAAGCGUUGCUAUCAGGAAUUGCAUACUGUAUAUCUUCAUGUAGCAUGAUAUUAGUUAAUAAAUACGUCCUUUCGAGCUAUAAUUUCAAUGCAGGGAUAUCAUUGAUGCUCUAUCAGAAUUUCGUCUCUGUUGUUGUGGUUUCUAUAUUGAGCUUCUCUGGUGUAAUUUCCACGGAGCCACUCACGUUGAGGAUGAUCAAAGUCUGGUUGCCUGUUAAUGUUAUAUUUGUCGGAAUGCUUAUCAGUAGUAUGUUCAGUUUGAAGUACCUAAACGUUGCUAUGGUUACUGUUCUGAAGAAUGUUACUAAUGUGAUUACUGCUGUUGGUGAAAUGUAUAUAUUCAACAAACACCAUGAUAGUCGAGUGUGGACCGCUCUUUUACUGAUGAUUGUUUCAGCAGUCUCUGGAGGAAUUACAGACCUAACUUUUCAUGCUACUGGUUAUACAUGGCAGAUAAUCAAUUGUUUCUUGACAGCAUCAUACUCAUUGACUCUACGUAGAAUCAUGAACACCGCUAAGCAAGUAACAAAAUCAGGGAACCUGGAUGAAUUCUCAAUGGUUCUGCUAAAUAAUACCCUUUCAUUGCCUUUAGGCCUUCUCCUCGUACUAUUGUUCAAUGAAGUUGAUUACCUCUCCACGACACCACUAUUACAAUUGCCAACAUUUUGGAUUGUGAUAACAUUAAGUGGAUUUUUGGGCUUAACUAUUAGCUUCACAUCUAUGUGGUUUCUUCAUCAAACAAGUGCAACUACAUAUAGCCUUGUGGGAUCACUAAAUAAGAUACCUCUCUCUGUUGCUGGUAUUUUCCUUUUCAAUGUCCCAACUAGUCUUGACAACACUGCAAGUAUUUUUUUUGGCCUCUUGGCUGGAGUAUUUUUCGCCCAAGCAAAAAUGCAGGAGAAAUCUCAAUCCUAAUACAAUAACAUAUUCAGUGUAAUUUCACAAGUGAUCGAAUCUGAAGAGAAUGAUGUAUACACAGUCUUAAUCCCCUAUCUUGAAAAGAUAGAGAGAUCGUUUCCGAUUAGAAAUCUCUAACCCUAAAUUGUUGAAAACCUUUUCUUCUUUGCUUCAUAGAUUAAGCUUUUGAGUUGAAUUGUAAAACAUGUAUAGUCAUAAAAAUAGUGAUUCUCUAUACAUUCAACACUAUUACAUUGAAGACUAUUAUAUUGAACAGUUCAA